AUGGCCUUUCUUGGUGCACUGUUAAUGCUGCUGCCUGUUGCAUGGACCUGUCCUCCCCAAAAAGCAGACUACGUUAUGGUGUCAUGUUUCCCCAACGCCAUCAUUGCCAAUGUCCCAGAGUGUCCUUACGGCUGGGAGAUCGACCAGUUAUCUCUGGGUGGUGUCUGUUACUCUGGAAUACACAGCCCGGGCUACUACCGCUUCAUCAUCCCAGACCUGACACCUAAAAACCACUCGUACUGCGGCACGCAGUCUGAGUACAUGCCCGGCAAAGACCCCAAGUACGUCUUCUAUAACUCCAUUGUGUCCAACGAUACUUCGCUGACAGUCAGAAACCAGCCGGUCAACUACACCUUCAGCUGCAUGUACCGAGCAGCCUACCUGGUAAAUAACGCGGUCUUCAGCCAAAGAGUGGCUACAGUUUAUGUCAACAACGGGAGUUUAGGCACUUUUAGAUCACAGUUGUCUAUGAACGUGUUCACGAAUUCAAAGUUCCUGUAUGCCAAGGAUGCUCCCUAUGUGAUCGACACUUCUGAGAUCGGCUCUGAAGUUUUUAUUGGGAUCGAGGCAAAAGGACUAAGUAACAGAUUCAAAGUUGUGAUAAACAACUGCUGGGCCACACCUACACCUUACUCAACAGACAGGAAGAGGUGGAGUCUCAUCAUUAACAGCUGCUCCUCUGACAGCACUGUGACUAUUUUUGAGAACGCCAAAGACAGCCGCUCCACGUUUAAGUUCAACUCCUUCCGCUUCCAGCGGCUGGAGAAGGUGUCCACCGUCUGGCUUCACUGUGAGGUCCAGGUUUGUGACGGAGAGAGGCUUGUCUGUCAGCCAAGCCCCUGCUCUGUGAGAAGUCUGACAUCUGAGGUGGAUCCGAGUGGGGGAGUCCUUACCACUGAGUUUCACUUUAAAGGUAAAGGAUCUUCCAAUAAUGGACACAUCACAGGCACCUCACUGUUCAUCCUGCUGGUGGUCCUGAUAAACACGUGUUGUGAUUUAGUAAACGGAUCAAAAAUGUAG